AUGAAUCUAACUAAAUUACGAAAGGAUGACCUCAUUUAUGAGCUGAAAGUAAGAGAUGUUAGUAAGUUACAAGGAGAAAGGCCUCUGUCAAUGAGAAAAAAAUUGGAAGAGUUAAUGUUUAAUGAGGUUUUUGGGGUUUUAGUAUCUUGUGAAAAUUUUCAACCCUCAGUUCUGGAGGAGGUUGAUACGGUUACAAAAAAAAUUGAGGCCUUGGAAAAUUUUGUUGCUGAAAAUCAGUUGGUGGUUGAAAAUGUACAUUUUAAAACAGCUGAGACUAUGCUCAGACAUCUUACAGCUAGGUUACAACGCAUUCGCAUAGGCAGUACUGAAGAUGAUAAACCAAUUGAGUGUACUAUUAGUAAUCUUCUAGAUAUUGUUCAUGAAACUAUGGACCGAAUUAAACGCUCCAACAAUGUAAUCAUUCACGGACUACCGGAGUCUACUAGCAGUACGGAGGAUCGAAAGAAGUCGGAUUUAGAUUCAGCUAAGAAUAUACUUUCGGUUAUUUCUGCGGAUUUGAAUACUAAUUUUCUAGACAUAAUUCGCAUUGGAAAACCGACAUCAGGGAAAAAAAGACCCCUAAAAUUUGCUAGCAAACUAGCAAAUUCUGUUUACAAACACAUUAAUAUAACAAACGAUAAAACACCAAAGAAAAUGGAAUAUCUAAAAAAACUAAGUGAUGAAUUGAAACAACGCACGGACAGUGGUGAACCAAACUUGAAAAUUAAAUAUAUAAAAGGAGUUCCAAACGAAUAA